GCUGCUUCUGCUAUAUGCUAUGCCUAGCUUCAGCUAAACUCCACAUUAUUCACAACCCCCUCUCUAAACCCUAGCUCUCCCUCAACUUCUCUCUCUCUCUAAAAACUUUCUCUCUCUUUCUCACUGCAUAUAUUUCAAGGUGCUUGAAAUUCACCGCUUUCAUUUUCUGCAAACAAAAAGCUACAUUUCUUCUUUCUGUUGUGAGUCCAUGACUUCAUCUGCUUGCUUAAACAACAUCACCAUUUCGUCGGAGAAUUUUCUCGAUUGUCCUCCGACUAAGUACAAGUCCUUCGUCUGGUCCAAGAAGACAACUGCUCUGAAUAAACCGGAAGUUCUAGAUCCAGAACAUCCGGUUAACGAAAUGGCGGAUUUCGAGUUCCGACUCGAAGAUCCAGUGACUAUGUUACCGGCCGCCGAUGAGCUUUUCUCCGACGGAAAACUCGUGCCUCUGCAACUCUCCGCGAUCCACACGGCGGCCGGCACCUCUACUUCCUCCGGGCUCAGAUCGCCGGAGACACCGAAACUACGCACGAGAAAUGAUCUCAUUUCUCGUGCGGACACUUGUUUGUUCUCUCCAAAGGCUCCGAGGUGUUCGAGUCGGUGGAGAGAACUUUUAGGCUUGAAGAAACAGCAGCACAACAGCAACAACAACGACAAUGACAAAGAAGAAGGUAAAAAAAAUAGCACAAACAACACAUAUAAAUCUCUGAAAAUUAAUUUCCUUAAUCGCAGCUCAAAAUCCUCAAAUUCUUCAACCGACUCAUCUCUAAUUAACAUUCCUUUGCUCGUCAAGGAUUCCGAUUACGAGUCGAUUUCAAUUUCCUCAUCUCGAUUAUCUCUUUCAUCUUCUUCCUCUUCCGGCCACGAACACGACGAUCUUCCUCGUCUUUCUCUCGAUUCAGACAAACCGAGUAGCUUUAGCCAUAGCAAUACUCAAAACAUUGCUAAUACUAAUCCUCCUCGAAUUCGACUAGUGAAACACAGAGCUUUAUCGUCAGAAAAUCCAACUAUCUGUGCCAGUAGUGCAAGAGGUGGAGUGUCGAUUGAUGAUAGUCCGCGCAUGAAUUCUUCAGGAAAAAUUGUUUUCCAUAAUUUAGGAAGAAGUUCAAGUAGUCCAAGCAGUUUUAAUGGUGGAGUGGCCAGGUAUAAAAAUGGAGGAGGAGGAAUGGAGAGAUCUUAUUCAGCUAAUGUUCGUGUUACUCCGGUUUUAAAUGUUCCAGUAUGUUCUCUAAGAGUUUCUUCAAAAUCUGGAGUAUUUGGAUUUCCUCUGUUUUCUUCUUCUUCGCAACAGAAAAAAGAUGGUGGUGGUAGUUCUAAUAUUAGUGCCGGAGCUGAAAAUAAGAGACAUUAUGGUAGUAGCAAGACUCGCAUAGGCUGAAGGAAGCAUUCCCCCGUAAAGUUUUUGUUAUGUGACAGGAGAUUACGGGUUCGAAUCAUGAAAAUAGUUUCUCCCGGUUAAGACACACUUGUGAUCUGGUACUUCCCGAACCCUGCAAAUAGCGAAAGGUUAGUGUACCGAGCUCCCCUAGAGCUUGUAACUAGUAAAAUUAUUGUCAUGUGAUAAGGAGGUCUCGAGUUCGAGCCGUGCAUGAAAAUAGCAGAAAUGCAAAAAUACAGGGUAAGGCUACGUACAAUAGACCUUUGUGGCGACCAUAAGUGUGGUUUAACCCUUACCGGACCCACGCAUAGCGGAAACUUAGUAUAAGGCUGAGUACAAUAGACCUUUAGGGUUUAGCUUAUUUUUCUGAUUCUGUAAAUAUGAAGGGAAUUAAUUAACUCUUGUUUCUUUGGAUAAUAUUUCUCAUAUUUUUUUGUUUAGCUAACUUUGAUGAUGUAGAAUUUUCAAUAAUUUUUAUAUUGAAUAGUUGGAAGUUCUUGUCUAUG